UGAAAGUCCAAAAUGUCGAUGGAUGCUUCGGGCAAGUGAUGCCAAGUGGCGAUGGCAAGGUUGACAUGUCUGCAUACUCGUAGGAGGAGGACCGAUGGGUUCGCGCAAGAAGCUUCGGAACAGCGUAUUCUCCAGCUCCGACGAAGACGAUGCUGCUCCGCGGUCAUCGCCCUUGCCGAAUCGAGCACGGGGUUUGUUUCACGACACUGCAACCGACCAAGUCCUCAACCGACGAGGUCUGUUCGACACGAGUCACGAGGAUGAGAAGGACCUAGAGAUGAAGAUCAAGCAGCGUCAGAUGCAGAAGAAGGCCCACUGGGACACCCUGCAAGCGAAGCUCCAUGAUGCGAUGCUGACCGCGGACAUGCACAAGAGCGACGCGGAAGUGCUGUCCGUCCAGUUGGCAGCGGCGCUGGCCAAAGUGGACAAGCGGAAUCGCCAGCUGCAGAACGCCAAGUCCCUCGUUCAUUCUCUGCAGGGCGACUUGGCGCAUCUACAGUCUCUGUUGGACGAGGUGUCGCUAGGCCGUCGUCGGGACCAAGAGGCUUGGGAAGGGGAACGGAACGGAUUCGUGCAGGAAAUCGAAACGUUGAAAGCAGCAGCAACUCCCAAGGCGCCUCCCAUAUCGCCUACAACGUUGCUGGGGAAGGUGUGGUCCAGAAAGACCCCGGGAAAGGAAUUCUCUUCGGCAAACGAAUUCCUUUCGGUUCCUGUUCCGCCAAUGCAGCGACCUGCCAUGUUCACCGUGCCUGUGAUCCCUACGGAUGACGAAGAGUCUUCGGAUAGCAUUGUGGGGCACAGUAGCAGUGACCAAGACGACAGCGAUAGUGACAUUGAACAUCAGCCGCCACCUAGUACUACUAGUAUGGCGCCCGACCCGACCAACGAUUUUGGUCCUAGUACUACUAGUAUCCCCCUUGGCGUGUCGCGGAUGAACUACUACAUGGAAGCCCGCAUGAAGAAAGAAGCGGAAAAGCGCGACAAAGAACUGCAGGAAAAGCUGGAAAAGUCCAAAUUGCAAGAAGAGUUUGACAAUGAAUGGGCGGCGCUGGCCCGAGAAACCCAGGAACUCAAAAAGGCCAAAAAGCUCAAAAAGCCAACCAAAACCAACACACGCAUCCCCCGCCAACGCCCGGGUAGCUUCAAGCAGCAAAUGCCAGCUAGUACUCCAUCUACUAGUAGUAGUACUACGUCGACACCAGUAACCCCAAGCCAACCCCGCGCCAGUGACCCGCAGUCGAGUGACCAGCCUUCGAAACCAAUCACCACUCCCAGUCCGCCUCCAGUGACCAGCCCUCCGCUGCCACCCGAACCCUCAGAAGCAGACAUGGAGCUGUAUCGACGACAGCAAGCGAGGCUCCAUGACUUGCAUACGUCAGAGCGCACAAAGCGAGAAAAAGCCGAAGAAGCGGACGUCGUGAGGCGGCAUCUGCAUGCGGCGGUGACCCAGUGGGCUCUGGGGAAGCCGCUGCUGGGGCUACUGAACUCGCUGCAUGAAAUCCCAGAGCUGCAAGGCGUCAUCGACGACCACAGUCAGGUCUCGAAUGACCCUGACAGCAUCAAAAAAGGAUACCGCGCGCUUAUCCGGAUCAUCCAUCCGGAUAAGCUGCGGAAUGCAUCGGUUCAGCAGCAAUUGGUGGCGAACGAAGUGUUUACGGUCGUCAACCAAGCGUUUGACGGGUUCAAACAGGCAGGCGGCUUGUCGUAGUUAGUAAUUACUACUACGUAGUACUAGUAGAUGCGUUUCGGGUAACUGGAGUGUAACUGGCAUGUAACCGGAGUGUAACUGGCUGGCAUGAAACGGA